AUGGAGCAAUCUGGAAGCAACGGAAUGCCACUUGAGAAAGUUGAUGCGUUUGAUUUUGAGAUGCUCGGGCCCCUAUCUGAGGAACUAAGGCUUGAUUCGGGAAGCGAAAGUGAGGACGAAUUUAUGUCGGUGGAAGAGAUACGUGCGGUCCUCGGAGGGUCGAAAGAUUUUGUCGAUGAGGAGGAGAAAAUACCGGCCGAAUCGUUCGACUGGUCUUGUGACUACGAGAUAUUUCGUAGAUACUUAAAGGACAAGGCCACUUGA